UUCAGCAAAUAUGUCUUAUUAUCUUUAGUAGCAAUAGUUAGACUACUUUAUCGUUAUUACUAUUUUGGAGCAAAGUAGAAUAUCUUAUUAAUAAUAGGAAAGAUCAAGAAAAAAACUAAAAAAAAUAUAAUAAAUAAAAAUAGUCCGGGAGCAAUAUUUUUCCGGAAAAUUACACUGGAUCGCAGAAAGCUCAACACAAGCAAAUCAUAUCCAAAUUUGUCUAUCCCUUCUCUUCUUUCUGUUAGAUAUUUAACAAUGGUCAACAUUCCCAAGACCAGAAACACAUUCUGUAAGGGUGCCAAGUGUAGAAAGCACACUCCUCACAAGGUCACUCAAUACAAGGCUGGUAAGGCCUCUCUCUUCGCUCAAGGUAAGAGACGUUACGACCGUAAGCAAUCUGGUUAUGGUGGUCAAACCAAGCCUGUUUUCCACAAGAAGGCCAAGACAACCAAGAAGAUUGUUCUUCGUUUGGAAUGUACCGUUUGCAAGUACAAGAUGCAAUUGGCUAUUAAGAGAUGCAAGCACUUCGAAUUGGGUGGUGACAAGAAGACUAAGGGUGCUGCUCUUGUUUUCUAAGUCGAACUUUUUUUUUUCUUAAUAAAAAAAAAUAAUUUGGUUACUUUCUUGCCUUCUUUUUUAUUUUUA